UGGCUGGACAACCUGUAAAAAUGACGUGGGGUUGAUAGUUGUUGAGUCGGUGGUGGACGGUGGUGGGGUGUCACCGUGUCAAUGGUGCAGAUAUCUUUCGUCAAUUGAUGAGAGAGAAGCAAUCUCAAUCCCCGAUUCUGUCCGAUUGAGCGGAAUUUCCAAGGUAUUCUUCUGCUGUCAACCCGGUGGAUUUCCGAUUUCGUGUCAAAAUCAUUGGUCGUCUUGACAUUUUUUCGUCAUCAAGUCAUACAGAAGCUUCAUCUGCUGCGCAAGCUUACCUCAACAAUGGCUAAAGUUGAUCAGAAAGCGGUUUUGAUCGUCAUCGAUGGCUGGGGCGUACCCGUCGAAUCCUCCCCUCCGGAGGGCGAUGCGAUUGCUGCCGCCGAAACCCCAUAUAUGGACGAUUUCGCCAAAGACGGCUCCAAAACCGCGCAAGGAUAUACUACGUUGGAGGCGUCUUCGAAUGCUGUUGGUCUUCCGGAAGGUCUUAUGGGCAACAGCGAGGUCGGCCAUCUGAACAUUGGCGCAGGACGAGUGGUGUGGCAGGAUGUCGUUCGAAUUGAUAUGACCAUCAAGAAGGGCUUGAUGAACAAGGUCGAUAACAUCGUCAAGUCGUUCCAGCGUGCCAAGGAUGGCAAUGGUAGACUACAUCUUCUUGGUCUGGUCUCGGAUGGCGGAGUGCACUCGCACAUCAACCACCUCAUCGCAUUGCUUAAGGUAGCCAAAGAGAUUGGCAUUCCUAAAGUGUUCAUCCACUUCUUCGGGGAUGGCCGUGACACUGACCCCAAGUCCGGCGCUGGGCACAUGAAGGACUUGAUCGCGAAGACCAAAGAGAUCGGCCUUGGUGAUAUCGCGACUGUCGUUGGCCGCUACUACGUCAUGGACCGUGACAAGCGAUGGGACCGCGUGGAAGUUGGUAUGAAGGGCAUCGUUGUUGGCGAAGGAGAGCCGUCCGACGAUCCUCUGAAGACGAUUCAGGAUCGAUAUGCCAAGGGUGAGACGGAUGAGUUCUUGACGCCCAUCAUUGUUGGUGGGGCUGAGCGAAGAGUGCAAGAUGACGAUACUCUCUUCUUCUUCAACUACCGCUCCGACCGCGUUCGUGAAGUCACGCAACUCCUCGGCGACUUCGACCGCUCGCCGAAGCCGGAUUUCCCCUACCCCAAAAACACCCAAGUCACGACCAUGACGCAGUACAACGUCCGCUACAGCUUCCCCGUGGCUUUCCCACCGCAGCGCAUGGACAACGUCCUGGCCGAGUGGCUCGCCAAACAGAACCUCAAGCAGUGCCACGUCGCCGAAACGGAGAAGUACGCCCACGUCACCUUCUUCUUCAACGGAGGCGUCGAGAAGCAGUUCGACGCCGAGGAGCGCGAGAUGAUCCCCAGCCCGAAGGUCGCGACCUACGAUAAGCAGCCGAAGAUGAGCGCCAUGGCCGUCGCAGAGAAGCUCUGCGAGCGGAUCGCGGAGGGCAAGUUCGAGUUCCUGAUGAACAACUUCGCGCCGCCGGAUAUGGUGGGCCAUACCGGUGUGUACGAGGCCGCCAUCGUGGCCUGCGCGGAGACGGACAAGGCGAUUGGGAAGAUUUACGACCAGUGCAAGAAGUCCGGAUAUGUCCUGUUCAUCACCUCGGACCAUGGUAACGCGGAGGAAAUGAUCAACGAGAAAGGCACGCCGAAGACGUCUCACACCACGAACGAGGUGCCCUUCGUCAUGGCCAACGCUCCCGAAGGGUGGAGCUUGAAGAAAACCGACGGCGUACUAGGCGAUGUUGCGCCGACCCUCUUGGAAUGUAUGGGACUGGACACGCCCGCCGAGAUGGACGGACAUAGCUUGCUUGUGAAACAAUAGACGAGCCGUUUCGGAUAGCUGGUGAGCGAUGACUGCGCUGCAAGGGUGAAAUAGACCGCGCGGUACCGAUAAGUGAAAAGCAAUUCAUCUUAUAGACAUACAUAUGAUUGGACGAGACAAUGAAAGC